AGAAACGCGAGUGAGAGCAUUAUCUCGGAGUGUUGACGAUGAGCGAGAGGUACAUCUAAACGCUUGUUUCGCUUGGGUAAUAUAUCCUUCCAAAUUCGCAAUGAGUGUUAGAGAGUUGAUCGAACGAGAUAGUUCAGUGCUCGACGUGAAUGCAGUGUCCGGUUGUGCCAGUGGAUUACAGGCGACGAAAAUCUAUGAGUCGAUGGAUCAGAAUUUUUUUCAACGCUCUUUCGGCAGCUCGCUGACGCCAGUCAUCUACGGGCCGAAAGUGGAAGACAAUUACUUACCGAGUAUAAACUUUGUUCCUCCGUGUCCGCCAGCGAUGCUAAGUGCUCCGAUUCGUUAUUUUAAUGAAGAUUUGAUUGGGAAUCCGGUAAAAAAUCAAGUGGCAAAUCCUGUAGUGAAUCAACAAAGAUCAAUUUCAGUACCUGCACCUGCGGUACAUAGUGUUCCGGUCCAAACAAAGAAGAAAAAGAACAAGGGCAAAAAAAAUAAUAAGAUUAAAAUGAGUCAAGCGAUUCAAGCUGAAAUUAAAAGAAACAAUUCAACUAGUUCUUCUCCAGUUUGCCAACAGGCUACCAUGAUCAUUAAUGCAGUAGGAAAAAAACAAAGAAAUAGAAUCCAAAAUAGCAUUAAUAUGUAUAAGAAAAGGAAAAACCACCAACAACAUUCAGUAAAUAUUAAUAACGCCAAUAAAAAAAUAAAGGGAAAUUUAGAAGAUAACACCAGCGUAAAGCAGGAAGAAAAAAAAAUAUGUCUUCAAAGCAAUGAGAAUGCAAAUUUAGAAAACUCCUGUACAGAACAUUGCAUCAAUACCAACGAAGAAAGACAAAUACACUUAGAGAAUUCAGUGAAUGUUGAUAACGAACAGGAUUCAGAACAAGUUCAACGUAAUUUUUUGAAAAUGUUUGUUGAAAUUGGAAGACUCAGAGAAAGGCUUGAUUAUCAGGAAGAACUAUUAAUGGAAAAGUUCAAACAAUUUACAAAUUCAAAUUCCUCAAAUUUGUUGUAA